CGCCGCGGCAGCCAACUUGUCAUCAUUCAACAAUAAUUUGUUGCAUGUUGCAGGUAAUAUGGGGCUUCUCCCGGACUUGAACCAUGGGCGUGGUGCGGGCUCUGGCUUGCCACUUCCUGUUCUCCUUCUUGCCGGAGUAUCGACCUUAGUAGCGGUGACUGUCAGUGGAUUGUCGAUAUGGCUGCAGCUAAGAAACUAUAGGAAGCCCCUCCUGCAAAGGAUGGUCAUCCGAAUUAUGCUCAUGGUCCCAAUCUACGCCUUGUCAUCCCUGAUUUCCCUUUUCUCGCUGGACGCAGCGUUCUUCAUUGAUGUGAUACGAGAUGUAUACGAGGCUUUCGUCAUUUACUGCUUCUUCGUUCUUCUACUUGAUUAUUUGGGCGGCGAGCGUUCGCUUCUCAUUCAACUUCACGGACGACCACCUAUCCCAGCCAUAUUUCCUGUCAGUCUUUGGAGACACGAAGUGGAUGUUAGCGAUCCAUACACGUUUCUCUUCAUUAAACGAGGCAUUCUGCAAUAUGUGCAAGUCAAACCCGUGUUAGCAGUUGCCAGCCUCAUCAUGAAAGCAACUGGAACAUAUCACGAGGGUGAUUUCCGGGCCCGGUCCGGGUACCUGUAUGUUUCGAUCGUGUACAACGUGUCCAUUUGCCUUGCAUUGUAUUGCCUUGCAGUCUUCUGGAUGUGUGUAAGCGAUGAUUUGAAGCCAUUUCGCCCUGUACCAAAAUUCCUUUGUGUUAAAGGAAUCCUCUUCUUUUCAUUCUGGCAAUCUAUUGCUGUAUCAACUCUCGUCGCGGCCAAUGUCAUAUCCAAACUUGGACCAUACACGGACAGCGAACAUAUCUCCCUCGGACUCACUGACACUUUAAUUUGCGUCGAGAUGCCAUUCUUCGCUAUCGCGCAUAUGUAUGCAUUUUCCUAUAGAGACUUUGUCAAAUCAUCACCUUCUGCCAAAGUCCACGUGGCACGGAUGCGCAUAGGGUAUGCCGUUCGGGAUGCAUUUGGCCUGAAGGACCUUGCUGAGGACACCAAGGCAACUUUGCGUGGAGAAGGCAUCAAUUAUCGUGCAUUCGAGCCAAGCGAGGGUGGAAUGCACAUUGGAGCAGCGAGGGAGCGAAGGAUACGUGCCGGCUUGCGCUAUUCCGCAGGCGGAAAGCGGAAGUAUUGGCUCCCAGAGGUGACGGGUCUAGGUGAUGGAAAUGCCGAAGGUCGAGUCACCGGCGACGAUGGAGACGUCGCCGCUCCACUACUCGCGGAACAUGCAGAGAACGUUGUUCACUCUGCGCCCGACAUGCAAUAUCAGGAACAACGGCAGACCAUACGAAUGCCCGGCGAUGACGUGUACGUGGAAGACGACGAUGAAUAUGCACUGCACUUCAAUGAUGGCCUGGUCACCGCGGAUGAUUCACUCUAUGAGCACGCGAAGAAUUAUGUCUUCGGCGACUACGCGUACCCUGUUGUAGAUAGAGGAUUGUUAGAGAAGGGAUGCACGUCAAUGUCCACAUUGGUACAAGCGGGUAGCAGAGGCUAUGGUGCAACGGGCACUCGAGCUGGUCAAAUACGCAAGUACGAUGACGGUAAGGACGAAGUGUUCGCUUCGGAAGAACGUGUGGUUGCCCCUGAGGAAGGCAGUCAGAGGGCAGAAGUAAAUGCAUCGAGGAAGUUGAGGUGGUCGGAUACCAGAACUAAUGGAGCUCCAUCAUCACCGAUUUCCGGCUCGUUAAGCUCAUCUGCGAGUGGAUCAGGUUCAGGGAAUCAUCUGCGCUCAGGGUCUUCAUCCCGACACAACUCACAGACAUCUCAUGCAUCACGCCCGAGACUGCUCUCUGGAAGCAAUGUUAACGUUCGCGCGUCGUCUCCAUACCUUCAUUCUUCGCCUUCACACUCGCGAUCAAACCUCGGUACUCCAUCACCCCGCUUACUUCCUUCUGGAUUACAUUCCCACCCAUCUCCUUCUCAUCCUCCACUCGCCGAGCCAGAUGCUGUAGACCUUGUUGUGUCUACCGAUACGCUCCCGGUGCCCUCAAGUUCGCAUGCUGCUCAUACUUCUCUGCGCGCAACAGGCUUAAAACGUGUCUGGGAUCAGAAAAGGGACAUCCAUGUUGAAUCCUCGGUUGGGUUAGAAGAAGAAAAUGACAGGUGGUCUAAUGACCGUCGCGUCGUCCCUAGUGAAAUCGACAAGGAGCAUGAUAUACGGAAGGAGGAACCUAAUGUUCCGGACGGGCACGAUCCAGAGGAAGUAGUACGCCUUGAGACGCCGCCUUCAUAUGCUCGGACUUGGAAUCUAUGGAACCAAGAGUCCAGAGGAGGACGAACAAAAUCCGUGGACGUGAAAUUAGGACCGAAGGACUCAGAUGCUCGAUAUGCCGAGAUACCCCCUCAUAUACAUAACUUAUUCACGUUGUACAACAUUCAUGUGGCUGUCUGUUGA